AUGUCUGCGACUUCGCCCUCACCUGCCGUCACACAUACAACUUUUACGGGCGUGGGUAUAUCGCUCACGGCCCUGGCUGGCAUCGCUGUUGCUCUCCGAUGCUUCGUGAAUUACCGAACAUCGUAUCACAAGCUGGCCGCCGAUGAUUAUUUGGCCGUCGUUGGCUUGUGUUUCUCCAUUAUAACGUAUGGUAUCAAUGAUCAUUUCCUGAAUUUGAUCUCGGUCCCCCCGCAGUCGAUAGAUCUCAUUGCCUUGCAGAAACUUUCUGUCGCAGUCAUUAUUUUCGUUCAGGGAACACUGUGGUUCUCCAAGGCCCCCAUCGUCUUCCUCUACCUGAAGCUCUUUGGGGUAAAUCGUUGGCUGCGAUAUAUAUCGUGGGUGACACUAGUCAUCUCGGGUAUGGUAUACACCGGAGGUUUGAUAUACACCCUCGUUCACUGCCCAGUCAACCCCAGCAAGGCGACUUUUCCUGAAUACCAAAAAUGCGCAACUGCGAACACACUGGCCGGCGUCAUAUCGGGAUGUAUAUCCGUCACCGUCGACGCCAUUCUAUUUUUCCUGCCGAUCCCUGUCAUCAUCCGGUUAAAUCUCAAGCUAUCCCAGAAGAUUGGUCUCAGCUUGACCUUCUUCUCCGCCAUACUUGGUAUUGCCGCCUCAGCAAUUUCUCUCUAUUACAAGCUCAUCGCCUAUCUCUAUGGGAAUGGGACUGAGUUCAUAGUACCGAUUCUUUGUUUCACCUUGGAGGCUCUGGUGGCCAUUAUGGUCGGUUGCGCACCUGGCUUGAGGUCUUUCUGGAUUGUAUUCAUUUCCAAGACUAGUACUUCGGGCAAGAGCAAGCAAUCAUCUUACGACUAUCGUCAUGGCAGCAGUAAAAACAGCAGUAACCGACAACGAGCGCUUGGGUUCGAGGGCAGUUACGAGCACAUCAAUCCGGAAGGGGAAAACUCGGGCAUCCAGUUGCAAACUCUCCCAGGAAAGUGA